CCGCCUCUCCCGCGCUCGAAACAUCGUAACUGCAUCGGCCUGUUUGUAUAGGGAUGUUUGUUCCUAGAUAGUGCGCCCUAAAAACCCUGACUCGACGGAUUGCUAUCAGUGUUGUGAGAUAACUCGAGUGCAUUGAACUUAGGUAUUAAAAAAAGUCGUGAAUGUGUCGGUUUGAUGGUCUUAGAUGAUGAAACAAGUGGUUUCGAUAAAAACGGAUGUGGUAGAGAUUUGUUUGAUUCUAUCAAAGUUACAACAUACACAACAAUUGACUGAACUCGUCGAUACGAGUAAUAACGUAAACUGUGACGAAGAUUAUGUGGAAAGUGAUUAAGCUCUGAACGUAAGAGAAUAUCCGCACUUGAGAUUAUUAAUCCGCAAAGUAAAACCGUGAUUUGGAUCUCGUCUGUCUGUUUGCUAUACUGUCCAGACCCGUAUGCAGACAUUAAAGAGAUAAAAUAGAAGAAAACCGCGUAUGGACGAGAGAUACGGUAGUGGUCCAACCAAAGCGUCUUCGUACGCUUUUUGGACACUUCAGAAUGCUAUUUACAAAAAUCUCAGUGGAAAAUAUUUGCAAAAGCCUGACUUAAACGAUAAAUCGGUAAACGCUAAGAGUGAAAAUGCUUUCCGUGAUAAGAACAAAGAAAGCAGUGAAGUUAUUAACGAAUCGAAUAGUGAGAGCAAUCGUAUUAUAGCGUCUGAAGCUGAUACGAAGAGUUAUAGUGACUUUGAAGAUAAUGAAGAUGUUAGAAAGAAUGUGUGGAGUGAUAUCGAUGACGAACUAUACAUAGCCAAUUUAAUAAAAUUAAGAACUACAAAUGAAGUAAACCGCGUUAAACGUGAUACUAGAUAUUCUAGUGUUAGUGAUUACAGCGACAAGGUUGUGAAUAGUGUUAAGUUAGAUAAGUACGAGAUGUGGGAUUUGGAGCCCACGGACAUUACGGAGUGUGAUUGUCUUGGACCACCUCCAGAGUUUCUGCUUCCACCACCUCCGCGACCACCAUUCCUGCAGGCAGACUACUAUUGUGGUGAUGACCCGAUUUCGGAUUUGGAAACUUGCGAUACGGAACCAAAGAUAGACGCAUACAAUCAUAGCGGUCCAUCGCUUCAAACGUCAGCGGUGAUCGCUCUCUGCUCAAUCGUGCUCAUCGUGGGUGUGCUUAUAGGCGCCAUACUUGUUUGGAAGCAUAAACGGAAAGUGACUAACCUGCUACCAUCGAAGUCUUCGGCUACCAACCAGAGCACAGGCUCGCAGAGGCGAGCACCACCACCAGCACCACUAUACGAGGACCUUCAAGAUCUGCCACGCCGACCACCAUUGCCACACAGGCCCGAAAUGGAACCACAACUUGAGAUGGUGGAAGCAAAGAGACCCAAUUGCCAAGAGCGGGUAUUCGUUUGCGGCACGGGUGGUUCAUGGAGAGGCGGCAAUUCUUGUGGUGGAGACACUUGUGGUGCACCUCUAUACGAAGAAUUGCCCCAUCGUUCAGACGACUCCAUUCACAGUGACGAUCAUUUCGCCGAGGACGAGCUUAGCCUCGUCGGCGAAGCGGUACCGUGUCGGACGUGUUCAAGACCACCCGCACCACAUUCUUUGCCUCAUAGACCAAGGCCACAAAGACUAGAUCGGCGGCCUAAGUCACUUGAAAGAAGACGGGCGCAGCAUAGAGUUCCUAGACAUAUGCAUCCUCCAGAUCCUUCAGAAUUCCACGAAGGAGUGCUUCUUGAUGCAUUGCUACGAUUAUAUCCUCAAGUCGGCACAGUUGGUGCUCGGCCACCUGGACCGAUGCCAAUGGGACCGGGAGGAGCCUGGCCCGGAGGUGAAUUACCUGGCAUCAAUUGCUGGAGAGGUCCACGAGCAUCUCCCAAGCCUCCUAGUGGAGAUUCCUCGUUUGGUUCCGAUUCAGGAUACAGCAAUAAUACUUGUGGAACAUGUGGUACAAGGGCUUCCUCUAGACAUCGCUUGUCAGCUGAAAUACCAUUGUCAUGAACGAGAAGAUUUUUCGGACUCAGUGAUGGGCGUGCCAUAAUGGUUCCAUUUUGAGUGAUACCUGUUUUUUAAUGUAAUUCCAAGCAUUUACUAGGUUUACUUCUUACGGCCUACUUUCACUGAUAUUCAGUAUGGUCCUCUGCCUUCUUCGAUAAUAGUGUUUGUGAGUGAAUUAUUAUGACUAUGGAACUUAGUGAUACCGAGUAGUGAUAAUAUUUCUACAGUCUGUACAAAAGAGUUUCUAAUUAGCUGAAAAUUUUCCAACGAGGAAUAACCAUAAUUUAAUUUUUUCAUAGCUUUUUGGAAUCAAUUUUUCAAUUUGAAUCAAUUGAGUAGGUAUUUUGUACGAUUAUGUGAACAUAGAUAAGUUGUAGAAGUUUCGUCAUAGUAAGUUAUAUCGAACUAGUCCUAAAUUAA